CAGAGGACUAGAACAAAGACAAUAUCUUUGCAACUUCUGUUACUUCUGUGCAACGACAGGUCGGACAGAUCUAGUUAUUAAGAGAAUUCGAAAGGUAAUGAGAAUCGUUACCUUGAUAAAAAAGGCAAGUCCAGAAGGAAAAUUUGCGAGAACUCCAGGAUCUUCUGAGGAUCAGAACAAAGUCGAGGAUGACGGUAUUACGAGGAUGACUGUGCGACGACAGAUCGGUAUCUAAGAGGACCUAGAAGGUAAAAAGAAUCGUUAAAAAAAAGCAAGCCUGAGAGGAAGACCUGCGAGAAGAAUUCAAGGAUUCUCUGAGACAGAAACGAAAGUACAAGGAAAAUCUAUGGGUAUCUAUUGUAGGGAUCAGAGGAUGAUACUAUGAAAAGACCGGUCGGACGGGUCAAUAUUAACAAGACCUAGAAGAUAACGAGAACCCUCGACAAAAAAAAGAGUAAGCCAGCCCGAGAAACGCGAGAGACGAGGAAGAGCACGGGAAUGCUAAGUGAGAGCCGUGCGGCGAAUCGCGCGAACAUCCAGCGGUGCUGCUCCCUGCAGGAGACGACGCUGCAGGUGUCGCCGGAGCACCGGCGAUUCCGGCGUAUUCACGGUUUGCAGCUGCCGCUGCACCCGCAGCAGGUGAUCGGCUGGGUGCUACUGCUGGUCGUAUUUACCGGCACCUUCACCGUGUUGACGACGCCGUCGUCCUUGUCGCUGCUGCCAGAGUUGCGGCUCGGCCUCUCGCUCGCGUUCGCCGCGCUGUUCUCGCUACACGUGCUCGCUCACUUGACGGUGCUGCUGCUGGACCCGGCCGACCCGGAGGUGCGCGCACGGCCGGCCGGCGAGGUCGUGCCCGAGUUCGACCGCAGCAAGCACCGGCACGUCAUCGAGAACGGCCGAUGCCACCUGUGCAACAUCACGACCCAUGGCCGGCGCACCAAGCACUGCUCCAUCUGCAACAAGUGUGUGCCGCGCUUCGACCACCACUGCAAGUGGCUGAACAAUUGCAUCGGCGGCCGUAAUUACCCGGCCUUCUUGGCCUGCUUGCUGUCGACACUCGUGGCCGCGCUCGCGGUCUCCGGACUUGCCCUGUGUGAGCUGCUACUGGUUAAUGCGCGUGUCGUCGAGUGGGGAGCUAGAGACAGCAGCAACGACACGAUGAACAACGCCACAGCGUCGUCGUUGCCAGUGCCCGGCGCCGGCUCACUCGUCCUCGUCACCGUGAUCGGCGUUCUCUCGGCCAUCGCCGCGGUCCUACUCAUACACCUGUGCUUUUUCCACGGCUAUAUCGCCUGCCUCGGCCUCACCACCUAUGAGUACGUGCGCAGCAAGCGGGAGAAGAGCAACGGCGGCACGGCCGCUGUCACCGCCGCCACCGGCACUUCCAGGACCACGUCGUUCUCGGGACUUUGCGGCGCGCCUCACUGCACCACCGACGGCCAGGACGUCGACGUGACGGGCGCCAACCGAGGCCUCUAUCGCUUCUGCGAGAACAGCUCCAUGUUCAGGGACAGUGCCACCACGGCCACGACGGACGUGUACGUGUGCUCGACGCAUGAAGAGAGCAACGACGGGACGGCGAACGGCGCUAAAAACGCCCGUUCCCGACUGUCUGCCACAAGGAGCAGCCGGAACUUCCGGCUCUGCUUCUCGUACGACUCGCGUACCACCGAGACCUCCAUCGAAGUCUCCUCGCAGACCACGGCAGAACUGAGGAACCACGCGGAGUCACCGGACGCGAAGUCCUCCACGCCUUCGCCGGUGUCCUGCUGCUUCUCCAUCAUGAGCCCCGAGAGCGGCAGGCAGGGGAGGAACGCGGCUCGGAAGCGCCGCACCGGCGACCAUCCGGAGGCUGCGAAGCGCUCCUGCGGGACGAUGAGGAGGAUACAGACGUUUCUGCAGGCCCGCUGGAGAAAAGGCUCGUCGAGGCAGAGAUCGGUCAACUCGACGAGCGGCCGUCCUUGCAGCAACAAGGUGAUCCCGGCGGCGAACAGCCCUCUGGACGUCGCGCCCACGGCCGAAGACCGGAUCAUCACUUCGGCCCCGUUGACGAUGGAACUGACGUCACUGCCGGACCCACGUCCACCCACGAGGCUGCCCGCCUUGGAUCUUCCGCCACGCGCCGUCCACAAGAUCAGAAUACCCCCGGGUGCCGGGGACAUAUCCGUCCUGGGGCCGUUGCCGCCCGUAGCGUCGAUGCCCCCCAAGCGCAACCAAGCACUCCGCAGCCGAAGGAACACAUUCUCCAGGAAGAGGCCGCGCUUCAAGGUCGGCUCGCACAUCACGCAGACCGCUCAGCUGUCGCCGAUACCGGAGUCGGAGUUCUCCAAGCCCGCCACGCCCAGGUCGCCGGCACGGUCCGGCCACUUCGCCUUCCCGCCGUUGCGCGAGUAACGUCCCUGCCGUCGUAUCGACUCAGAUCAUGUCGGAGACUAUGUCCGAGUCGGCCCGCGUGCAGGACGUUACCACGAAGGAGGUGAGCAACGUCUGGGAGGACCUGGGCUCGCCGCGCUGCAUAGUCGCACCGAUGGUGGACGCGAGCGAACUGCCGUGGAGACUGCU